UGCUCGUUCAAUGCGGGUCUCCGCGUGUCUGCCCAGCGCUGCGUCCUGGCCGGCAGCGAGUGAACCCCAUGUCGUCCUCGCAGGCUCCAGAGGACCAGCAGGGCGGCGGCGAUCCCCCCGGGGACCUCCGCAGCGUCCUGGUUACCAGCGUGCUCAACCUCGAGCCGCUAGACGAGGAUCUGUUCAGAGGAAGGCAUUACUGGGUACCCACAACCCAGCGGCUGUUUGGGGGUCAGAUCGUGGGCCAGGCCUUGGUGGCUGCAGCCAAGUCUGGGACCCAAAGGUGCCGGUACUGUACCAGGUGGAGCGGACGCGAACAGGGACGAGCUUCUCUGUGCGCUCCGUGAAGGCUGUGCAGCACGGCCAGCCCAUCUUUAUCUGCCAGGCCUCCUUCCAGCAGGCACAGCCCAGCCCCCUGCAGCACCAGUUCUCCAUGCCCGCUGUGCCCCCACCGGAAGAGCUGCUUGACCAUGAGGCCCUCAUUGACCAGUAUUUAAGGGACCCCAACCUCCAAGAGAUGUACCGGGUGGGACUGAACCGAAUUGCUGCCAAGGAGGUGCCCAUUGAGAUCAAGCUGGUAAACCCACCGAUCCUGAGCCAGCUGCAGAGCAAGGAGCCCAAACAGAUGUUCUGGGUGCGAGCCCGGGGCCAUAUUGGCUGGAAGAAGAUACCCCUUAAAGGACCCAGUGAGGGAGACCUACGGAGUGAAGACUGGAUUUCAGUCUUCACUCACCCCUGUCCUCUGCCCAUCCCUGCUGCCUUUGUCACCUGUCACACACACACACACACACACACACACACCCCGUAGGCCAGGUGCCCUGAUACAGGGAGGGCGACAUGAAGAUGCAUUGCUGUGUGGCUGCCUACAUCUCGGACUAUGCCUUCCUGGGCACAGCACUGCUGCCCCACCAGUGGCAGUGUAACGUGCACUUCAUGGUCUCUUUGGACCACUCCAUGUGGUUCCAC